AUGCUCGACACGCGACGCACGCAGGUGGAGCCCGUGAAGCGCCAAGUGGCGACGUUCGCCUCGUCGCACGUCACAGAGCCCCUCACUGGCAAAGAGCCCGAGACGGCCCCGAGGCGACUCACGUACGGCAGUACGGCGCCUCGGGAUGGGCGACACACAGACAGUCACAAAGUGGCGGCGACGACGGCGCUGCUCAGUGAUCAGAUUUUGGUGUCGGCGGCUGCGAACCUCAGCACUGCUUACAAUUUGGCAGUGAUCAACUACGCGCUCAUGAUGUUGCAGCGGUCGUACCCGGACGCGAGUCUCGAGUUGCGGUCGACCGUUGACGCCUGUUCGUUGGUAGGAGCGAUUGUGGGGCAGCUCACGUUUGGCUACGUGGGCGCAGUCAUGGGACGCCGUAAAGGCAUGCUGUUCACGCUGUUGCUGUCGGUUCUGGGAGCUGCAGCAAGCGCGAUUCUGCCGUGGGGCACCGAUUCAGUCUACCAGACCCUUGCGGCAUGUCGCUUCGUCCUCGGCGUGGGCGUGGGAGGAGUGUAUCCGUUAUCAGCGGCUUCGGCGGUGGAGUCUACGAAUGACGAAGACGAGCUCAGGAAGAGCAGGGUCGUGGCUGCGGUCUUUAGUUUUCAGGGCAUCGGGCAGCUACUUGCACCGCUAAUGGCCUAUAUCGUGCUGGCCAUGAACGCCCAGCGAGCAAUUGGAUGGCGACUCUUGCUGCUCGUCGGUGCGUUUCCUGGAUUGUUUGUGCUGCGACGAGCGUAUCAAGUGGAAGAAUGUCGACCGUCUUCGUCACCGACCGCGCCAGUAGGAGCAACGAGGAGAGCGGACAGCGACGUCGUGAUCCGUCGACCCAAGUUGUGGGACAAGGUGAAAGCGAGCCCCUCGCUCCAGCGCAAGCUCUUUGGCGCUUGUGCAAGCUGGUUCCUCUUUGACGUCACUUUCUACGGGAACGUCAUUUUCACGCCCAUCAUUUUGCAGGACACGUAUGGCUUGGACAAACAUCAGUUUGCCGAUGUUGCGCUUUGCUCGUUGGUAGUAGCAGCGAUCGCGUUUCCGGGCAAUCUACUGGCAGUCCUCGUAGUCGGCAGACUGAGCUUCCGGACGAUUCAGAUCAUGGGCUUUGUUGCUAUGGGCGUGCUGUUCCUGGUCCUCGGGUUCUUCUACGCGCAGCUGCUGUACUACAGGGGCCUCCUGCUCGGACUGUACGCGCUCACGUUUUUCUUCUCGAACUUUGGACCGAAUGUCGGCACGUUUUGUCUCCCGGCUGAGCUCUUUGCGAAAGACGUGCGUGUGGAGCUCAAUGGCGUUGCUGCAGCCACUGGAAAGCUCGGCGCGGCCGUCGGUGCAGCCUCGUUUGGCCUCAUUGAGGCGCACUUUGGCGUGUCUCGUCUCUUGGUGCUCAGCGCGAUGGUCUCUUUGCUUGGCGCCUUUGUCACGUACAAGUUUCUGCCCACAAAGCGUUACACGUCGUUCAGCGGGACGUGA